AUGAACAAGCAACUUGCUCUUAUAUUCAUUGCAAUGGCAAUGAUGGUAGGUAAUGUCUAUGGAAGUUGUUUACAAGUUAAAAUACUUUCAGCUCAUUCAGUGUUUGAUAAAAAACAAGAUGUAGUAGUCGAAAUGCAAUAUAAUAACACUAGUAAUUACACAAUAUCGAUUUAUAAAUGGUGUUUACCAAACAAUGAAUUAAAUGAUCCAUUAUUCAAAGUAAAUUGUAAUAAUGUUCCAGUUAAUUAUGUUGGUCCGCUUGUCAAACGGCGUGAACCAACCAUUGAAGAUAUGAUUCCUCUAGAACCUGGUAAAACAAAAAUCAUUCAAGCUCGAUUAUCAUCAGCAUAUGAUAUGACUAAAACUGGUAUUUAUUCGAUUCAAUAUGAUAUGCCAGCUGAACGUGUUGUUUUCAAAUAUGCUCGAACAUUCGAGAGUUCUCUUGUCAGGGCCAUUACUAAGCGUCAAUCUGGUCUCCAGUCAAAUAAUAUUCAGUUGAUCAUCGAAGGUCGUCCGAAUCGUCAACGUGAACAAAAUAAAAAUAUGAAUGUGGUUAGAAGAGCAGCAGCUACUCUUUCAUAUGUUUCUUGUUCGAUAACCCAGAAAUCUCAAAUAACCACUGCAGUCUAUUGGGCUCUUAAGUAUGCUAAUAAUUCUUUCAAUUAUUUGAAUAAAACGAAACCGAGUGGAACAAAUCGCUAUAAGACUUGGUUUGGUAGAUUUAUGUUGAGCAAUUGGAAUACACAGAAGAUACACUUUCAAAAUAUCAAAAACGUAUUUAGUUCGAAGAGAAUCACUUUCGAUUGUGGAUGCAAUAAUGCUAGCCCAUAUGCUGGCACGUAUGCUUAUGUUUACAGAGAUCAACCAUACAUAAUACACUUAUGUCCUGUGUUUUGGUCCGCUCCAAUGACAGGCACGGACUCUAAGGCUGGCACACUGAUUCAUGAAACUUCACACUUUUCAGUCGUUGUUGGUACCUAUGAUUAUGCAUAUGGUAAGAUGGCAUCCACAAGUUUGGCAUUGAGUGCUCCGUCACAAGCAAUUAUGAAUGCUGAUAGUCAUGAAUAUUUUGCCGAAAACUUUCCUGUGCUCUUAUGA